AUGGAAUGCGAUAUCUGCGCCCGGAAUGGCAAAGAACUGACAGACUUGGGCGUCAAUUGCGCAUCAUGCGCUCGAACCACCCUGUACGCUUUGCGACUGGAACAUGGGCAAACUCUGCUCGAAAGAGGAUCUUUAGGCUCUCGCAUCGAGUCUAUCACGCUCGGCAAAGGUUCAGAUAAGCGACUCGAGAAUGUCUGGACCAUCGAAGCGGAUCGAGCCAGAGCAUCAGACAUUCGUACUCGGCUGGGCGAUGGGCAUGGUUCCAUAUCGACCGUCAAGCAAGAGAUAGAAGACCUGAAAGCAGAGAUUCAGCGCAGGAAAGUCGACCUGACCAGGCGAAGAUCGACCUUGAAGACGACUAAAGGGACACUGGCUGGAAGGGACAAGGGCGAGACCGAUAAGUUCGGCGAGAAGCUGGCGCGCGGGAGGAAGAACUUCGACGCCAUUCAUGCUGCUGCUGUUGAGACACGGGCAUAUCUAUGUCGCGAAGCUGCCAAUAUACUGCGAUUGCGGCAAGGAAAGUCAAGAUCCGCAAAUCAGACACAAUCUCUGCGCUACUUCAUCGGCACAACACCUAUACCAGACCUCAAGUCUAUCAACGGAGUGAGGUGCAGUGAGCUCACAGCUAUGCUGGCGUCAGUCUCACGGUUGGUUUGCUUGGUAUCAUUCUACCUUGGGCUGCGCCUACCUGCCGAGAUUAUCUUGCCGCACCGUAAUUACCCGUUGGCUACCAUCAACACGCCUGCCACAUCCUACGCCACCACUAAGCCCGAGUUUCCAGGCUCCGGAUCGUACCUGGCAAUGACGGACGUAUCGAAGAAUAGCGAAAACCGAGGCGCUUCUCGGUCACGGCCACUGUUCAUUGGCUCCGACGACCGAAACGAGCUGGUCACUGACUUGGCCAGGAAAGACCCAUCUGCUUUCAAAUUCUUCGUCGAAGCAGUAUCACUUCUCGCUUGGGACGUUACAUGGCUAGCUCACUCACAAGGUCUGUCCACUGGAAACGAGACCUGGUCAGAGAUCUGCAACCUUGGUGCAAGUCUGUGGGCGAUAGUCUUUGCGACUCCUCAAUCGUCUGCUGUCAGGCGUGCGUUGGCUCGACAGAGCUCCAAACAGUCGCAUGACUCGCCGCGCUCACGAUCGAGCACGCCUGUGGACGCGCAGGUCAAUCAAUUGGGGGCAUAUUCUCAUGCAUCGGCACACAGCUCUCUUUCAGCUGCCGCAAGAAUGGCUCACAUGCGAUCGAUGCGCCUGUCGAAGUACACCAUGAUUGCUGAUCCUCUGCGCAAGAUACUCGAGAACGAAAUGAAGAAUGCGGAGUGGGAGGUCUUGCAAGAGGAUGAGAUCUUUGAUGGUGGUGAGACCUUUGACGAGGCAGUCUUGAUCCCAGCGAGACACCUUGAGGCGAGUCACUAUGAUGCCACGCGAAGUAUCAUGUCCACUGCUCCAUCCGUAGAUCCACUCAAUGGACGGCCGAAGGGGACUAGUGGUUGGACGAAAGUCAAGGAUACCAAGAUUCGCGACUGA